AUUAUAUUAGCUAUGCAAAAAGGGGACAAUAUUUUAAAGAAAUUUCCUAUACAUAUUUGACCCCCCCCGGAACCAGGAUAACUUGGUACCUUCUAAGUUUACUCAUCAACAGAUCCCAAGCGAGGUGAGAUGGACUGAGACUGAAGUGUCAGACUGAGACAGCCAGAGCAGACCUCAACUUCACACAAUGUUAAGGACCAAAAAAUGAAAUAGUUUAUAUUUGGAUUCCUAUCCACUUUUACAGGCUACUAGAAAGGAGAUAGUAAAAUCUCCACUCACACCAAUGGCUUCUCUUCGCUCAUCUUGAUAUUUAGGAUUACAACCCUUUUUAUUCAGGGUUAAUAAAGUAUUCUGUUAAGGAGCAUAAGAGCAUUUUGUUCUGACAUUUAGCCAUUAUUUUUAACCUGGGUAAAGGCAAAACAGACGUAAAUCAUGGACAAGAAGUCGUUUGAAAUCGUGCUUGAUGAAGUACGAAAGGCCGUGACGACAGAUUACAAAGUGAAAACUUUGGAACAUGUACAUGGAUAUUUUUCCAGUGAACAGGUUAUUGAAUUAUUGAAAUACUUCUCCUGGGCUGAACCACAGCUAAAAGCAGUGAAAGCUAUGCAACAUAAAAUGGUUGCAAUUACUGCGGCAAAAGUGGUGAAUAUACUUAAUUGUUUUACAUUUAGUAAAGACAGACUAAGUGCUCUGGAACUUUUGGCCAUAAAUAUCAAUGAUGCUUCAAAUUAUCGACCUAUUGAAGAUCUUUUUAAAACAAAUCUCACCGAAAAAAAGCGCUGCCGUAGAAUUUUGGAACAGGCAUCAAAAAGUGGCUGCAAAGCCCCAAAUGCCAUGAUUUCAUCCUGCGGAAUGAUACCUGGAAAUCCUUAUCCCAAGGGGAAGCCUAGCCGCAUAAAUGGAAUAUUUCCUGGUACACCAGUGCGAAAAGAUGAAGAAUCCACAAACGAGGGCAAAGGAUUAGCAGCACGAUUUCUUGGACCAUCCAAGCCAGCUCCUUCAACAUACAACCCACACAAACCUGUACCAUACCCUAUACCACCAUGUAGGCCACAUCCAGCUAUUGCACCAAAUUACUAUGGAAAGACAUCUACAGUAAAGAAGGAACAGACAAUUUUAAAUACCUCUGGAGAUGGUCAAAGUUUAUCUACCCUUUCAGAAGGGGGAGGGGCAACAACUUAUAAUAUGAAUUGUCGUGAUUGGCCUAAAAGAAACUCAAAUGACAGUGCAUAUAGCAAUGGUGUUCUUAUUGCCAAUAUACCUCCUGGAAUUUUGCCACCACCCCCUUAUACUCCCAAUGCCGCUGCAGUGCCCUCUGGAAUUGAAGAGAAUGCUGCUGAAGCAAAAUCUAACCAGCAUCAAUCUGUUAUUUCUUCGAUUCAACAUACACCUCCUCCAGUGACCAACUCAUCAGCUCCUCCAACACCUUCUGCUACACCAGCUCCUUCUCCUGCUAAGUCUAUGAAUCCUCCUUCAGCUCCAGCAACACCAGCUCAUUCAGGAAUAAGCAUGCCCACUUCUCUUUCUGCCUUUUCUGGACAAGCUGUGCAUUCCAUAUCUUCUCCUAAGCCAUCUACUCCAACUCCAACAGUUAUAAAAAGUCUUCAAAUAUCCUCCAGUACUCCUACAACAGUUAGCAAUGCACGUUCCACCCCAAGUCCAGCAGUAUUCCCUGGGCUUUCACCUUCUGCUAUUCCAACACAGCAAAGUUCAUCUACUCCAUAUGCAAAUCCUGGCCUAAAUGAUAUCAUACCAUCACUACAUUUUCCAGGGCUUCCUUUUACUACCACAACUUCUUCCGCCUCUGUUAGUACUGCCAAUAUGAUGCCAUCAAUUUUUGCGGGUCUUCCAUUGUCCUUAAAUCCUGCUUUGCAGGGCAUGCCUAGUCCAACAUUAUCUGACUUCGCUGGUGCUACUGGAUCACUUGGUAUAGGCAAUCCACUGUUAUCUGUGUUGAAAGGGUUUUUGGCAUCAAAUGAUCCCACACUGAUUAAUUCACCUACAAUACCUUCUAUGGCUGCGUCUGGACUUCUGCCUUUGUCAAGUUUGCAAAACUCAGACGCAACAUUAAACAAAUGUUAUACUCCUUCAUCUACACCUCAGAGUACAUCAACUCCAGGAAUGUCCAUUUUUUCAGACUCUGUUUCCCCUUCAGUUGCAAAUCCAAUUUCCACAACAGCUACAGUACCUGUACAAUCAUUGUUGGCCACACCCUCUCCUCUUAGUUGUGUUCCAGUUGAUCAUCGUCUUUCAUCAUCCCCGGCAGCUUCAAAUGUUCCACAUUUAGUCAAAACUGAACCAACAAGUCCAUCACCCUCUGCCUUCAAGGGUCCAUCACGUUCUGCAACACCUUCCCAUAGCUCUCUAGGAUUACCUUCUCUACUUGGCCAUGUUUUUCCACCUGGUCCAGGAAGCUUGCCUAAUUCAAUGACUCCAGGCUUGUCAGGACUAACUUCAAUGAAUGGAAACCUUAAUAGCCCUACACUUUCUUCAAUAACACUUGCUCAACAUGGAUCUUCUACACCAAUCCCCCCUGUUUUUACUGCACUUCCUCCUUUCACUUCUCUGUCUAAUGGAUCUCCGUUCACUGGUAGCCCAGUCCUUACUCCUACAGUAGCAAUGUUAACAUCCACUAGUACUGUUGCAUCAACAACACCUUCUCUGGCUUCUACAGUUUUUCCUGGUUUGUCUGCCCCUGCUGCAGCAGCUGCUGCUUCACCAUUUCCACUAAAUUUAUCCACAGCUGUUCCUUCUCUUUUUCCUGUAACACAAGGACCUCUAAUAUCAUCAAAUCCAUCUUUUCCUGGAUUCACCGUUUCGAGCACACCGUCAGUAAGCUCUUCUCUUCCAUCCUUUCCUGGGCUUCAGGCUUCUUCUUCAGUGGCGUCAAUCCCUCCUGUGCAAGCAGUUGCUUCUGCCCAAUCUCCAGCUUCAGUUCUACCCGGAUUUGCUUCUGCAUUUAGUUCCAACUUUAACUCUGCUCUUGUUGCACAAGCUGGGCCAUCCGCUUUUCCACUUUUAUCUCUUUCGGGUCUUCCUGGAUUUCCUCAAAGUCCUUCUCAGUCAUUACAAGGACUACAGCAAAGUGCAGCUGCCGCAGCAGCUGCACAAACUGCUCUUUUACAGGCUCAUUCUGCAUCAGCCCUAGAAGGUUUUGCUUCACAGGCCGAUGCUUUUGCCGGGUUUUCCACUGGACCUGGAACACCAUUUCCUCUACAGCCGGGGUUACCACAGCGUGGAUGGCAGUAAUUGGGUUAAAACUUGGUGUGAGAGCCAUGAUUCCAUUAAAAGGGCAUUUAAAACCUCUUGUUUUUUUGUAAAAAAUUUGCUCCCGAGUGAGGCCAAAAGCAAAAUCCGUAACCUAGUUUUUUAAAAUGAUGCAAAUUGCUUAAACAAGGUAUCUGAUUUGCAGGUUACGUAAUUUGCUUUUUGACUUCUUAGGGAUGGUGGGACAAGCACAAUUUUUGCACAUAAACAAGAGAUGUUUAAGGCCUUUUUAAGUUGUAUUGCUAUAAAGACAACAAGCUGAUUUUAUUUGCAAAACAUCCAAGCAAUACCAUUUUUAAGGACAAACGUUAACUUAUUUUCUUAGAUUGUUUUUUAUACCAAUCACUUUUUAUAAAAUGUGCUAUAUUUUAGAAAAAGAACAAAAGUAACAUAACCAUUGCUGCAUUUUAACUGUUUGUAAAUUAUGUAACAUGGAUAAUGAUUUUUUUUGUGAUUGCUCACUCAAUUCAUAGGAAGGAUUUUCAGAUGCCUGGAGCAGAAUAUUAUGUCAUGACAAUAUAAUAGGAAAUGUUCCUAAAAUAUGGAAAAUUGUUUACAGCUAUUACUCAUUGACAAUGGUGGCCCUAUUAAUUUAUUUGCAAGAUGUAUUGCACUUUAUGUAUGAUUCAUCUUACCUGUGUAGCCAUAGGGGCCGAUGUAUAUAGCCCUUUGCCUGCCUACGACUGCGGGUUCUCACAAGAGCCUGCAGUCAGUAUUUAUCAAGCAGCGGUCAUCAGCUCCUGCCUAUGCGUGAUUGACUGUGCGCAGGCAUGAGGUGGGAUUGCACGCGAGCGCAAAACAGCACUUGCGUGCAAUCUUAAAUUCUGGCGGCGGAUUGCUUCCCGCCAGAGGUGAGCUGGGGCGGACAGGGGCCAAUAUGUACGCCCCUGUCCGCCCUAACUUGAUAAAUCGAGCCCAUAGUGUGUCUUUUGUGUAAUCUCUUUGCAUAUAAUCUAUACAGUUAUUUCAACAGAUUGAUUGCAACUCUAACUGAGGAAGGCAAUUAAUGAACUAAAUACAAUCUGUUGAAAAGGUAUAAGAUUUGUGAUCAGCUGUAUAUUCCUGUUUAGAGGCACAACCGGUAAGGUAUAUGUUUAUGUUCAGGACGGGAAUAUCUAUAUGAAAAAAUAAACAAUUGCAAUGCAUUUUGAAAUCACCUCAUUAAUUACACUGUUGUGCAAAAGAUAACCUCUUCCCCUAUAGAAGUCAAUGGAGAAAAAAAAGUGGAAAAAACCCUAACACCCGGUUUGCACGCUUACCCAAACUCAUAUUCUCAUAUGCGCUAACUCGACAUGAAAAUAUGAAUAUUUCACAUUCCGAUGUUCUGCACAUAGCAGAAUAUGUUCUAUUUAUUAAAAAAUACAUACGGUAUUUCUAUAUAUAGGUGAUGGUAUUUUGGUACAAUAUAUAUUUAUACACAUAUAUAUAUAUAUAUACAUACAGAGAGAAGCACACUCACAGGAGCGAACAACCGGCUCAAUACCAUUGUUAGCCUGUUCUCUGGCGAUUUACCACCUGGGUGCAGCUUCUUUUUAGCCCAGUAAUGCUUUUCACAGAGUAGAAGGCUAAAAUGAUCGUCUGGGGUUGCUGUGAUCCUUAUUCAGAUAGAAAUUGCCUGGUAUUUCGGCACUGGACUGACCGUAAUAGGCGGGAUCAGACUGAUAUACUACAGGAAAGUUCUACUCUGUGAAAAGCAUUACUGGGCUAAAAGAAGUGGCACCCAGGUGGUAAAUCGCCAUAGAACAGGCUAACAAUGGUAUUGAGCUGGUUGUUCGUUCCUGUAAGUGCACUUCUCUCUGUGUGUAUUUAGUCUCCCUAUGGGAAAAAGGGGCAACCAGACGUGGACUCCUUGCUUAGUGUCCUCACUGAGGAGGUCCAAUGAAGGCCGAAACGAUCGUCUGGGGUUGCUGUGUUCCUUGUUCAGAGAGGAAUUGCCUGGUAUUUCAGCGCUGGACUGACCGUAAUAGGCGGGAUCAGACUGAUAUACUACAGGAAAGUUCUACUCUGUGAAAAGCAUUACUGGGCUAAAACAAGUUGCACCCAGGUGGUAAAUCGCCAAAGAACAUGGUAACAAUGGUAUUGACCUGGCUGUUCGUUCCUGUGAGUGCACUUCUAUCUGUAUGUGUGUGUAUAUAUAUAUAUAUAUAUAUAUAUAUAAAUGUAUAUAUAUAUCCUAUAAUAUAAAAGGCCAAGUGUGUUUGUCCGAAGCUGUCAUGCGCAGUAGAGACAGCACGAGGACAAACACACCUGGCCUUACCUGACAUGCUGUUUGCAGCGAAAGUGGACGUGGACGGGCGGGAGAAUGGGCGUGACCGGGCGGGAGCUUGUCCGGGCAUGACCGGGGUGUGGCCGGGCGCGUUCGGCAUGAGAGAGAGGGGAAAGAAAUAGAAAGAGAGGGGAGAGACAAAAAGAGAUAGGAAAGAGUUAAAGAGAGGGGAAAGUGCAGAAGAGAGGGGGGAGAGAGAGCAAAAUAGAGGGGAAAGAGCAAAAGAGAGGGGAAAGAGCAAAA